AUGUCCUCCUCAACAAGUCUCUCCACGGCACAGCCAAACACACCUCCUCGUGUACCCACGGAUACCGUUAUACCGCUCCAUAGUCGCGAUGACACAAAUCAGAACAGGAACAUUUCCGUGGAGUUCACCAUGCGUUUUGACGACGUUCUUGAUUCACAGAAGCUCGUUGAUGCGCUAUGGAAAUUGCUCGAGAGGCCUGGCUGGAAGAAACUGGGAGCACGACUGCGUCUUAACACCACGACUGAGAGGCUCGAAUACCACAUACCAGCACAGUACACUAAGGAACGUCCACCGAUUAAUUUCACACAUCAAACGUAUGACAUGAAGCUUGAAGACCAUUCCAUCGGCCGCAGAUUCCCGGUCGUAGAUGAGCAAGACGAUGGUAUCCAAUUCUUUGAUGUAAUGGACUCGCUACGUGGGGUUACACAGACGGAAAACAGCACUGUUGUGUUGGACGACUGGAUCUACGCAGAUAAAGCGCAACUGGGUUUGCAUAUUGCGAGCUUCCAGGAUGCGACACUCGUUACCAUAACUUGGCUACAUACGUUGCUUGAUGCGAUGGGACGGCAAGCCCUCCUAAGAGCGUGGCAGGCGGUUUUGGAGGGUAGGGAUGCUGAUGUACCGGAGUUCUGGGGGUACGAUUUUGAUCCGCUAGCGCAACUUGGGGCGCCUCUCGGUGAAGACAAAGCGAAAGUAGAGGAUACGAAUGUUGUUGAUGCGAAGGUGGAAGAGAAGAAAGAACAAUCUUCGUCUCAAGCCUCCGAAUCAAAAAGUGCACAAGGCGCCCGCAUGCUUUACAUGCCCGCAUCUUACAUGGCUCGCUUACGUACCGAAGCGAUACGCGAUCUCGCCUCUCUUGACACCUCACAAAUCACUUACAACACUUCAAGCUCUUCCGAACCCAAGCCCUUCCUUUCCGACGGCGAUAUCUUCUCCGCAUGGUUGGUCCGACACCUCGUAUCAUCCGAUACCACUCUUCUAGACUCCCCACCUACUCGACCAGUCAUAUUUGUCAAUGUCUUGGGGAUGCGAGACAUUCUAUCGACAUCUACAUCCAAGUACGAAGUCUUAAUUCCAAGAGGAAAAGCAUAUAUCGGAAAUUGCACGACCGGCAUCGUCUCCCCGUUCAGUCUAGAGCAAUUCCUGAAUAUGCCAUUGGGCCACAUUGCGGCUCGCAUACGCAAAGAUCUUGUUGAGCAAGGGAACAGGGAGGCUGUGGAAGCUUCUCAGCGUGCCAGCCGCAUCGAACAACAGACUAAUAUGUCGCCACCGGAUGCGCAGACAGCACCAGCAGUGUUCGUAUUCACAAAUUGGGCGAAAGCGAAGUUGUUCGAAACUGAUUUCAGCGCUGCCAUCGCCUCUCAUAAUGGCGACCAAGUCAAGCCAGUCGACAGGUCGAUCAAAGGCAAGCCAACAUAUAUUAACGUAUACGGCACUGAUAGCCGAAAAACUGGUCACGGCGUAGGUCCAGGAGGCAUUGGCAACUGUGUAGGUAAGGAUGCGAGGGGCGGAUAUUGGAUUGGAGGAAUUUCCUCGGAGGAGUGUGUGGCAAGGUUCGAGAAGGCUGUGUUGGGCGAUGCGUAG